AUGCCUUCCCAACCUCCACCCGAGCAGCCUAAAAUCUUGGAACCAGAAGUAAACGCACUUGCCCAUUGUCUCAAAGACACCGUCGUCAACACUGCCCAAGUGUACGGCUUUUACGCCAACACGCGAAAACUAGGUGGCAAUGCAAACGCGCAGAGUCCUCCUCGUUCCAUGACCGCUGCCCUAGGUCGCAGCGUUGAACGAUAUGAUCAACUCUGCGAUUCUAUCGAGGCUCGAAUUAAGCGUGCAAUCAACAUUUUGGAACGCGAUUUGCGGCGCGAAGAAGAGCGCAUUGAAGCUGAAAAGCGUCGCAAGCAGACAGAAGCUUUGAUGCUCCCCCCUCCACUCCCCACCCAACCAUCAGAGCAAAUGGAAGAGACAUCUUCAACCCAGGCAACAACAGAAGAAACCGGCACAAACCCUAGAAACUCGCCCGUCAGCACACUACCUGGACGGAGACCCUCCGCCAUAUCCAUUUCCUCCCUCCAGCGCCCGUUCCCCCUCAAACUCGAUCUUUCGUCCACCUCGAUGCGAAUAUCCGAGGAGGAGGCGGCCAUGUUCCAGAAAGGCCUCGCGUCGCCCGUCACGUUGGCGCCCAAAUCGGCACGCGCCAUGGGGCCCAACGAGUUCCCCCCAGAGUUGAUGGCCGCGUUCAACGAAGGCACUAGCUCCCUCAACGUUCCGCAUGAUACCAUAGAUUUGACCAUGCCAGAUAAUAUCCAGCCCAAGCCUCAGCUCUCUUCUCUCACCGUGGGCCUUGGAGAUUCUUCAGACAAACCUAUCGAACUCGACCUUGAUUCCAUGGACAUGGAAAUGCCCGAUUUCAACACGGUGGGCAUGAACGAAACAGUCGAAGAAAACGAAGGAGACGGGCUUUUCUCGCCUUUGGAGGGCCAUAACGAAGGUGACGGCGCUGAUAAUUCAAAGGGAGAUACAACCAUCCCCGCGUACGACAUGGACUCCAAAGUCGAUCAGGAGCUCUUUGGCGACUUUUCUUCAAACACUGGCGACAUGGACACCGACGGGUCGAUGCCUCAGGCGCACUCCAACGACCUGCCUUUGCCUGCAGAUCUCUUGGCUCAGUUUUCGGCGGGACAGGGCACAUCCCCUUCGCUGCAAGCCGGAGCGGAAACGUUUGAUAUGAACGCUAUGAAUACGCUUGACCUGUCCAACCUUACGUCCCAAUUUUACGGGCAAGGUCAGGAUGGCGAUAUGAACUUUUCGAUGGACAUGGAUUCUUUCUUGAACAUGGGUCCAGCAACUGAGAGGCAGGACGGUGACCCUACCCAGACGCAAAGCUAUACAUAG